GUAUGUUUGGGUGCAGUGGCGGCUCGCAGCGGUAUGCGUAGUAAGGUGACAAGACUCACGGUGGUGGAGACUCAAGCCUGAGAUGAGGUACGUGGCGGAUGGAUCCGGGUCAGACGCGUAUUUGGCCUGAUUCUAUUGACUGGUCGGGUAUACUAGAGGCAGUCCCGAAAUAUACCAGGCGUAAAGUGAAUAUACACGUAAAGAUCAAAGGUGAUGUGUUGCGGCUGCGUGGAAUCCUGUUGCUAGGCUGGAGCGGAAGGGUGGUGCAAGGAACGGAAGAUCUACGGAGGAAUACAGUUUGCGUGCGGGAGACAGACGUAGGAGUAGGGGAAGAUCUGCGGGCAGGAAACAGUUUACUAUUGGGAGUGGAUGAUCUGAAGUAAGACACCUAAGUGAUCACUGGAGAUGUGUAUGGAGGGCUGUAGCGAUCGAUGGGCCCGAUUAUGUUCGCGAAGUCGAGGUGGUGCGGUGAAGUGGAGAAUGGGCUAGAGUUCUGGUCGCGCAGAGGGCAG